GCCGUCACACAUAAAGAAGAAGUAAUCGUCCACAGAGCAGAAAGUAGGCUUAGAACACUGUGGAUCGUACUUUUUUCUUCCACGGGGACUUUUAUAUUUUUUUCAAGUCGGCUAAAGCAAAGAUCGUGUGGCUGUGCUGAGCUUCCUUACUGCUCGCCCUCUGGUCUCCGGCAGAUCAAGUUUCUGUUUCUGAUGCUUGAUUGGAAAGAUAUACGCUCUCGUAGCUCACGCAGCUUGGUCUCUCUGCAAGGUAUAUCUACUUGGGCUCUCGGUGACAACGCCAAGUCAUCCUGUCGGUCAGUUUGGAAUAAAUCACCUGUAAACAAAUAACUUGCCCUCGUGGUGAUUGACGGGAGUAACAUGCUGGGGAGUGGAGGUCAGUGAGCCCACUGUCUCUACCAGUCCUAGUCCAACUGCAAAGCCCCGCUUGCCUCCUUCUCCGCGCGUGGAUCUUUAGUUUGAAUCAGAGGGGAUCGAGGGGGGAAAGCAUGGUGAAACCUCGGCACAUUGAUGACCUCAACAAAAACCACCCAACACCAGCUAAUACAGAUGGGCCAGUUGUGAUCCCCAUGGAAAAGACUUUUACUACUAUGAAGCUACCCAGAAGAUGCCGGCGCACUGACACUGGGGACAGGUUUACCUGUGAUCACUGUGAAAAGUCUUUUACUCAUAAAAACAGCUUAAAAAAACAUCAGCUCAUACACACUGGAGUUAAAGCAUUCAGCUGUGAUCAGUGUGGAAAGUCUUUUACUUACAUGAAGGGUUUGAAACGUCAUCAACUCAUCCACACUGGCAUUAAACGAUUUGUCUGUGAUCAUUGUGAAAAGGCUUUUACUUAUAAGUGUGCCUUAAAAAAACAUCAACACAUUCACACUGGUGCUAAACCAUUUGUCUGUGAUCAGUGUGGCAAGACUUUUGCUCACGUGGAUAGUUUAAAAACUCAUGGCCUCAUCCACACUGGUGCUAAACCAUUUAUCUGUGAUCAGUGUGGAAACGCUUUUGCUCGUAAGGAGAGUUUAAAAAGUCAUCGACUCAUCCAUGCUGGAAUUAAGUCAUUUGUCUGUGAUCAUUGUGGAAUGGCUUUUACUCGUAAUAGCAGCUUAAAACAACAUCAGCUCACCCACACUGGCAUUAAACCAUUCAGCUGUGAUCAGUGUGGAAAGGCUUUUUCUCAUAAUGGCAGCUUAAAACAACAUCAGCUCAUCCACACUGGAUUUAAACCAUUCAGCUGUGAUCAGUGUGGAAUGGCUUUUACUCUUAAUGGCAGCUUAAAAAAACAUCAGCUCACCCACACUGGAUUUAAAGCAUUUAGCUGUGAUCUGUGUGGAAAGUUUUUUACUCAGGAUGGCAGCUUAAAAAAACAUCAGCUCAUCCACACUGGAUUUAAAGCAUUCAGCUGUGAUCAGUGUGGAAAGUGUUUUAAUCAGAAUGGCAACUUAAAAAAACAUCAGCUCACCCACACUAGAGUCAAAGCAUUCAGCUGUGAACAGUGUGGAAAGUGUUUUGCUCAGAAUGGCACCUUAAAAAGACAUCAGCUCACCCACUCUGGAGUUAAACCAUUCAACUGUGAUCAGUGUGGGAAUUCUUUUAGUCACAGGAGUUCCUUGAAAGAACAUCAGCUCGUCCACAAUGGCACUAAACUAUUUGUCUGUGGUCAAUGUGGAAAGGCUUUUACUUACAUGAGGGUUUUAAAAACUCAUCAGCUCGUCCACACUGGUGUUAAACCAUUUGUCUGUGAUCUUUGUGGAAAGGCUUUUCCUGACAUUUGGGUUUUAAAAAAACAUAAACUCAUUCACACUGGUACUAAACCAUUUGUCUGUGGUCAGUGUGGAAAGGCUUUCGGUCGCAUAGAUACUUUAAAACAUCAUGAGCUAAUCCACACUGAAGUUAAAUAGUUUUUAUAUGGUCAGUGCUGAAAGGUUUUUACUUGUGUCAAUAUAUUUAAAAAGCAUCAGAUUAUUCAUACUGGAAUUAAAGCGUUUGUCAUCAGUGUAGAAAGUUUUACUCAGAUUAGAUUCUUAAAUUUGCAUAAGCUUAUCUAUGCUGGAGUUAAACACUGUCGUUGUGCAUAGUGUGGACAUUCUUUUGCUAGGUUUUGUCAUCUAAAAGAAAAAUCCCAAUCUCACCAACUAUUAAACCACUGAAAUAUGAGGAGUAUGGAAAGUCUUUUAUCCAUAACACAAACGUAUUGAGGAUCAGCAAACCCAUACUGUGUGUCCUUUUGGAGACAGUGAGAAGCACAGAGGAUCUGAACAAAUCUGCUGAAUGCUAGGUCAAACUUCGAAAGCUUGAGAUCAGGCUUCACAGAAUUCAGCUUUAAUAAUUGUCAUCAGAGGCAAGAAAGAAUACAUGUGUGUAAAUGAGAGGGAGACAGGUGUAACAGUGGUCAAAGGACACUUGGCAAAGGAUGAUGAAGAUGGGGCUACCAGGCAGAAUGAAAAGGUCUUGCGACUUUUACCUUUGCCAUAAAAAAUGUUUUAGUAGGAUGUACAUAUUGAUUGUAACAGUACUUAAAUCUGUAAGUAUUCUAACAUGAAUUGCUUGCAGUGAAGGAUAGGAGGGUUAACAAUUAGAAAAAGUGCUGUAGCUUUAUUCUUGCUGUAGUAUGUAGUUUCUCCAUGUGGUGGAACAUGUCCUUUUGUCUGUGAAGGUUCUCAGUCAUCCAGGUCAUCAUAGUCAAAGGAGCUUGCAAAGAAAAGCGUCUGGACUUCUUUAAGUUACUUGAAGACGUUUCACCUCUCAUCCGAGAAGCUUCUUCAGUUCUAAGGUCAAAUGGUGGAGAGUCCCAGAUAUAAACCUAGUGGGAGUAUCCCCCCACAGAGGGACAUCAGGGGGUCCUUUUGGCAGCCAGCAUGUAAGAAGACUUUCUUUGAAUUGUUCAUGUUACUUUCUUACAUGUUCUAAUUUUUAAUCAAACUGUUUAAUAAAGAGCAGCAGAGUCCUUUCAGAAACUCCUGAUUGUUGUUUCAUAAAUCUAAUGGCUCUUUACUAGAAACCUAAAUUAAAGUCAUUAAGAGGCCACUGAUGCAGUAAGACUUAGAAAUCUAUGUACACAUAAUAAACCAAGCGGUUCAGUAAAGAUUGAAUUGAGGAAAAGGUUGUCAUGUUAAUAUAAUGCAAAAAAUGUUGACUUUAUCUGUUCUGUGCAAACAUCUGUGAACUUGCAGACCAAACAUUACCAUCAUGUGAUCACAAGGAGAAGCAAAACGUCUGCACAGACUACGUUCUUGGUCAAUCUGAAAGGCCUGUUGAUGUUUACUUGGCUGUUCAUCAUGAGAUAAUUAGUGAAGUAAAUGCUGUGCUGUUUCUGUUGUAACUUGCCCAUGUGAAAUGUGUUUUAAAUGGUCUCUGUUGUCCUAAAAAUGAUGAGUCGGUUUAGCUGCAUGAAGAGAAAAUGAAACCUGUAAUUUUUAUGUUGUAUUGCAAAUAUUAUUGUAUUUCAUCAAUUUGUGUCAUUUUAACUGGGAAGUAUGUGUAAAAUUAAGUGUAUCCUAUAAUUAUUUAGAUAUAUAAAAGAUAUGAUGUAUCUUUCUUAUUUUCUGUGAACUUACUUAUACAUUACUUAAAAGUUAUGUCAGUAUAGUAAUUUCUUUGUUCUCUGUAAGAAAAUGACUUUCUAUCCCUUUAUCUAUUCUCACACUGAAAACGCUACAUGCAGAUGAACAUAAUCAACAUUUGGGUAUCCCUUUGUUGUAGUGUACCUACCAUUAAGUAUUUGUGGAUAAAUAUAAUUAUAUGCAAUUUCAAAAAAGAAUUGAAAUUGCAUAUAAUUACAGUGGAAUUAUACCAUUUAUCACAGGACCACACACAACCCCACACGUGCAUUUCAAAUCCCCUGCAACUGUAUUGUCAUGUGCCAUGUGUGGUAAAACACAUUAUUGUAGUGUACAUUAUUUUCACCAUUUCUCACCAGUUAUAUCACAGUGGGUUUUCCAGAUCUCGUACCAAAUGAUAUACCAGCCUUUAGAAGAAAGUGGUGUCUGACAGUCAAGUCACUGUAGAACUGUACAAGCUCAGGGGUCCUCUCAUGGGCAAUGUGCAUGACACAAAAGAACAAUAUCAAUUUUGCCAAAAUUAGCAUUUCUUUAUCCUUUGGAAAAUCAAAGUACCACAUGAAAGAAUAAAUGCACCUAUGAAAGAGCAAGUAUCACAGCUCUGGAGUUUUCUUGUUUACCAUGCAGACACAACAUUUUAAUUCCUUUUUCCAUUAAACAACAUUUGCUUCUGCUCUCCUCAGGUGUGCUAGAUUAGAUCCAUAUGCAGUCUUCUGUACUGGAUUGUAAAAAUUGCUCUUUAUGAGUUUAUAAACAGGUUCUCAAAGAGCGAAUUUUUCAAAUGGAAAAAACACACAAAUGUGGUGGCAAAAAACGAGGGUCAGUUCUUGCCCACUUUUAAUAACUUUAUUGUGCAUACGUUUUAUGGAAGGAGCCCCACCUUGAGUAUCAAACCAUCAGCCAAAGAGCUUGCGACUCUCCUCAAAUUGGCUGCAAUGUGAACAUCCACCUGUCUCUACAGGCUCUUGUUAUUCGAUGGCUACUUGAUAGAAACAUAUGAUAACGAAGGUGUAGAAAGAUUCAGAAGAUUCAAAUUUUCUGUAGAUAAAAUGAAUAGUGCAUUUAUUAUGAGGAAAAAGUUUCAGAAAACCUAAAGCUGCAGUUGCAGUUAUGACUUGCAAAUGUUAAAAUAUAUUUUUUUACAAUCCCACUACUUCUCACAUGCUAAGCAAGAGCUCUACCCUUUGAGCUAUUCCCCCUUGGGUAUAUGGUUGGGUUAAAAAUUUACCUGGAAAGUACAUUUAGGAAAUAAUUGAUGAAGCUAUCAUUGAUAAAUUGAUGAAUGUUAAAUCAUUUUAAAUGUUAUGCAGCAUCUGGUUUGAAGUGGGUGGGGAGCUGAGUAAAGAAAUGAAAUCAGUAAUUAAACAAAAGGUCAAGGGAAUGGUACAGGGAAAUGAGACUUUUGUUUUCAAUAAGAAUAAGUAUCAGUAGAACAUGUUUUAUUGUUCUGUUCCAGCUGGUGGCGGUAAUACACCAGAAACGUUAGUUGCCAACCCCCAUCAAACAAGAAAAAAAAGAAGUAGUGCGCAUGUACAGAGCAGAAAGUAGGCUUAAGAAAGAAAGAAAGAGUAUAACCACAGUCAUCAUAC